CAACAUGAUUAGAAGUCUACCCCUGAUACUACUACUGUUCCCACUCUGUUACGCCCAGUACAGUACAGGACAGGCUUACAAUUACUACGACUUGGGAUCCGACUUGGAAUCCGCUGUCGACUUGGGAUUCGCUGCCGACAACGAAAUAGCACUUGUGAAGUUUCUAGGAGCCGGAGGAACGAUAGCAUUGUUAAUAUUGGCACUAGUGGAGUUCGUUCUCAUUAUCGUGUUCUUUUGCGGUUUGUGUUGUAAAUGUUGCUGCUGUUCCUAUCUCAAGUAUCGCCCAGCCGCACCCCCAAACCCACAGGUUACUUUAUAUCACCAACAACAGAUAGGUAUGGUACCAGCUACAGGUAUGGUUUACCCAAACAUGACGGCCCCUACCAGUACGUACAACCCCCCCAACCCCAUCGUGUAUGGACCUGGUGAGUAUGCGAGAGAGGACCCUCCAGAAUACAUCAGCUCCAAGAUGGACGCUCCUAUCCUUGAAAACAUGGAGUGAUCAUUUGGACAGCUUCGACUAGGAUGAAGGACUUGCUAUGGAGUAACUGUAUUUAUGCAGUCAAAUCAUAUUAAUUUAUUGCUAUGAAGUGACUGUCAAAUCAUAUUGAACAGUGUUUUUAAGUGAACAUUAAUUAUACUUUAUAUUAAGUGCGCAAAAGUUUCAGGAAAUCCGUCCAAACCUUUUAUACACCUCCAAUGUCAUGUUACCAAAUUUAGCAAAAAACUUAAGCAAAUUUGAUUGACACGCGUUGCAUGUGCAACCCCUUUUCGUGUGCACGAGAAAAGUAUACUAUUAGUAAUAGUAAUACAACGUGUAGCAAAAACUUGAGCGCAGUUGAUUUUUACAAAAAUGUUUGAAAUUUCCGUGGAUUUUUUAACAUAUUUUACACAAAUACAUAUAAAUAUCGUACCACAGCGUCACGAAUUGUUUUUAUUCAAGUCAGCCACGGUACAUCUUUUACUAAUUUUUUCAUGAAAUGUACUUAUAAUAACGCAAUUAAUUUUCAA